CCUCACACCCACACACAGUCACUACCAUCCCUCACACAGACUCGUACACAACUGACCCCACCUCCCCCCGCUCCUAUCUCGCUCCUCCCCGGCCGGAGGAGCAGCCGGAGGGGCUGGCGGUGCGCAUGCGCGCUGGGCUGCCCGCUUGGAGCUGUCCCUUCAGCACCACGCGGAGCCGGGACCCCCGCCCGACCGGGGCGGCGCUGCCGGGCCGCGUAAGGAUGCGUCGCCCUCUGGUGGAGCUCUUGGCUCACGGGUGUUGGAAAAGCUGCUCCUCCCUGCCCCGGCCCUUUUGGCUUCAAACCUGAUUCCUCCUUCUCAAUGGCCCAGGCAGGGGGAGUCGUGCGCUUCUGCCCCGAAGGAGACUGUGCCGUGUCACCCCCGCGGUUCACCCGCAACUUGGAUCGGAGACCCUGGCUGCCUGCCACCAAGAGCAUGGAGUCCGCUGCCUCCAGCCCGCAGCGCUGCCUCACGCCCAAUCUCAGCAUGGGCAGGAUCCAGUUACUGCGCAAGAGCCUGGCUCCUGAGGCCUGGCGGUGUCAGCUGGGCAUGUAUAACAGCACCGGCUCCUUAAUCCGCAAGGCACCAGACACCAGCCUCUUUGGCAACGGCAACUGCCCAAGCUCUGGGCGGGUGACAGCGCCAUGCACCCCGCUGAGAAGCAGGCAAAGCUCCUUGCUGUCCUCCCCAGGCAGCCGCAGUCCGCUGGUGGCCCCAGCACCCGAGGGGCAGAGCUCUGUGGUGACGUUCCGCUUCAUCGAAAAGGCCAGCGUGAAAACCCUCAAUGGCCUCCCAUUGGGCGAGCCCAGGAGUGAGAACGGGCCAAGCCCCCACGGCCUGAGCCGCAGCUUGGAGUUCGGGGAGGCCGUCCGCUGCGGUUCCAGCAAAGAGGGGAGCUCCUGCCCUGCCAUGCAAAGCCAGCCUUCCCCAGGCACCAGGCAGGGCAUAAGCGAGAGCCUGCGUCUGACAGCCCGGCAGCCCACGUGUGGCUCUGUGAGGGGGCCUCCUGGAGGCACGUGCCCCCCACCCGCCCAGAACAGCCCAAUCCAGGAGCACCUCAGUCGGAAGCUGAAGCUGGAGGUCUCUGCCUCAGAUCCAUUCCUGGCCGGUAGCCGCUCUCCUGUGGGCAAGCAGCCCUCUCUGAGUCCUGGCAACGGAAGGGCAGCAGGACUCCCCCAUGCUCUGAACACCAACUGCCUCUUCAGCUCCCUCUCCAAUGGGCUGGGGACACCAUCCGAGCACAUCUCAGUGCUCCUGCGCAACCCCUUGGGCAUGGAGCCCCACAACCAGGGGGGCUCGUGGGCAUGUUCCCGGGAGAGCUCAGCCCAUGCCCAGCGCAUUGCCAAGGCCAAGUGGGAAUUCUUCUAUGGCUCACUGGACUCUCCAAAGACAGGCACCUCCCCCCAGACACCUCUUGAGUCUCUGUCACUGGCAAAGCCCCUGCAGAAGCCCAGCCACCAGCUGCCACCAGAACCAGAGAAGCCAAUGGCGGAGCGCAGCUUGUGUCACGUCGAGGUGGAAAUAGAGAUGGCUCCUGCAGGCAGUAACAAGCCAGGAUCCUGUGAAACUGGCAUCAUAAGGAGGACGGUGAAGUAUUCAGAGACAGAUCUGGACUCGGUGCCGCUGCGAUGCUAUCGCGAGACCAACAUUGAUGAUAUCCUGGCUGAGAAGGAUGAAGGGGAUUCAGCCAUCGAGAGCCAGAAGGACAGCGAGAGCAAUCCGAGUGUCACGGGAACCUUGGGGAGAAGGAACAGUGUGCCAGAGGACCCCUUUCCCCAGAGCAGGGGAGAGCAGGACGGGAAGUGUCUGAGGAACGGGAUGCAGGGUGAAGAGAUGGAUGAGGAUGACGAGGUGUUUGAGGCAACGAGGCAGGAGAACAGAGGCAGGAUCAUGGACAGAGAUGAACAGGGCCUGCUCAAGUCACCAGUGCCCUUCCUCCUGGGGCACAGCCUCUCCAAGGAUGGGAUGGACUCUUUCAGCAAGCAUUUCGAGAGCAUCAUGGAGUCCCAUCGAGCCAAGGGGACAUCGUACACCAGCCUAGAUUCCAUUGACGUCCUCUCCUCCCCAGCCCGUACCCGUGGUACUUAUUUCACCUUUGACCUCCCAACCCUCACCCCGGAAAUACAGGACCAGAUCCGAGACAGCGCCAAGCUGAUUGAGCAGAAUUUUGCCCCUCUGGCCCACCUGGAGCCAGAUUCUGGAACCAGCUCUGCCACCGACGCCCCCUGGACCGAGAGGGAAGAGGAGCAGGGGAGAAGGGGGAAGAAUGGCUUUCACAGCCCCUGCCACUCGGAGGACAGCUUUGGACUGCCCCUGGCCUCCAUUGUAAGUGACCAUCCUCUGAGUCAGCUGGUCUCGGACUCAGAUUCCGAGAUGGACAGCACGGAGCAGCUGGCACUGGGCAGCACAGACACGCUGUCCAACGGGCACAAGGCCGACCUUGAGGCUGCCAAGCGCCUGGCAAAGAGACUCUACAACCUGGACGGAUUCAAAAAAGCAGACGUGGCUCGCCAUUUGGGGAAGAAUAAUGAGUUCAGUAAGAUGGUGGCUGGGGAAUAUCUGAAAUUCUUCGUGUUCACUGGGAUGAGUCUGGACCAGGCUCUCAGGUCCUUUCUGAAGGAGCUGGCCCUGAUGGGGGAGACUCAGGAGAGAGAGCGAGUCCUGGCUCAUUUUUCACAACGCUAUUAUCAGUGCAACCCCAAUGCUGUCUCCUCUGAGGAUGGAGUCCACACGCUGACCUGUGCCCUGAUGCUCUUAAACACAGACCUCCAUGGGCACAACAUCGGGAAGAGAAUGUCCUGCUCCGACUUCAUUGGGAACCUGGAAGGCCUCAACGGAGGGAGUGAUUUCCCCAAGGAGCUGCUCAAGGCUCUGUACAGCUCCAUCAAGAAUGAGAAGUUGCAGUGGGCCAUCGAUGAGGAGGAGCUGAGGAAGUCCCUCUCCGAGCUGGCCGACCCCAACCCCAAAUCCAUCAAGCGCAUCAGCAGCUGCAGUAACCCCUUCCUGGACUUCUCGCAGGACCCCAGCAUCGCCACCUACAAGUACGGCCUGCUGGUGCGCAAGAGCCAUGCGGACUCCGACUGCAAGAAAACCCCCAGAGGAAAGAGAGGCUGGAAGACUUUCCACGCCAUCUUGAAGGGAAUGAUCCUCUAUCUGCAGAAGGAGGAAUAUAAGCCCGGGAAGCCCCUGGCAGAGGAGGAGCUGAAGAACGCCAUCAGCAUCCACCACGCUCUAGCCACGCGAGCAUCCGACUACAGCAAGAGACCGAACGUCUUCUACCUCAGGACAGCUGAGUGGCGGGUCUUCCUGUUCCAGGCCCAGAAUACAGAACAGAUGCACUCCUGGAUCACACGCAUCAACGUGGUGGCAGCCAUGUUCUCUGCUCCCCCGUUCCCCGCAGCCAUCGGGUCCCAGAAGAAGUUCAGCCGGCCCUUGCUGCCCAGCUCUACCACCCGACUGUCCCAGGAGGAGCAGGUGAAGUGCCACGAGUCCAAGUUCAAGGCCAUGUCGGCAGAGCUGGUGGAGCAUCGCUCCUCGCUGCCUGAGAAGAAGGUGAAGGGCAAGGAGUAUGAGGAACUGAAGCAGAAGGAGGAGUACCUGGAGUUCGAGAAAACGCGCUACGGCACCUAUGCCAUGCUGCUGCGUGCCAAGCUGAAAGCCGGCUCCGAGGACCUGGCGGCCUUCGAGGCCACGCUGUUCGAUGCAGCCAUCAGCGAGGAGGACGGCCUCAAAAAAUCCCGCUCCAGCCCCUCCCUCAACCUGGAGCCACCUAGCACGGGCACCAAGGUCAAGCGCAACAUCUCGGAGCGCAGCAGCCGCCAGCCCGCCAGCAACUUGCAGAAAUCCUAGAGGGGCAGCGCCUUCCCAGCCGGGCCCUCUGCAUGACUUCAUCCUCCGUGGGCACAAGCCAUGGGGCUGACAGCUCUCACCCAGCCACCAGCACCAGCCCAUGCCAGCUCAGCAUGGAACCAGAGCCCUCCACCGACACCAUUGGAAACAGAUGCCAUGCAGUGCCGUCUCCAGCCCCUGCCCACGGGGCUCACACUACAAGACUUACCCCCCCCCAAAUUCCCUGGGAACUGGGGGCAGGUUUCCUGAGGGGGGGGAAUAACCAAAAACCAACCACUGAGCUAAAUUCUUCAGUGUAAAAUGCAAAGCAGCGCGCUCUCCUGCUCAGGCCCCACGGCUCCCCACCAUGGUUUCUAGUACAGACAGACUCGGGGAGACAACCCAAGGGGGGUCCUUUUAUACAGCAUCACCACAGCCCUGGCCACCCCAAGGGCCAGUUUCUUUAAAGCCGCCAGAUGGGCAGAGCCCUGGCCGCUCCUGUGAUGCCACCCUCCCAUCUGCUGGUUUCUUACGGUUUUGAACGUUUUUGUGAUACAGUUUUGCACUUUUUAGUACCUGACUGAGCUGACUUACAGGGAGGUUUUUCCCUCCAAGGCGUUUGUUUCCUAGAGCUGCUGCAGGUUUUUUUGUGACUGCGGGGUGCGGAGGCCCAGCCCCACCCGCAGCCGCUAGCCUAGCACUAGUUUUCUAUGUUGCAGAGGAGCUGGCUAGUUCUGCACAGCCCCACUCGAGACACUGGACUGGCUUGUACCCCUUAGGCAGCAGCUGGCACCUACCCUCCCACGCUGAGGUGGUGUUGCCCUGGGGCACAGGAAACAACCACCAGCCAAGUCUGGCAUUCCAGCCCUGGCUGCAGCUGUACGGUGCAGGGAAGAAGGAUGCUAAGCAAGCCCUGGCUCAGCCAUGAAGCCAUAACGAGGGGCCAGGGUGUGUCUCAUGAGCACACAGUGCCCCUUCGGCUCAUCGUAGUGCAGAUCACUGUGGACAGGCGACACGGGUGGCUUUCCCGUUGCCUAGCUGGACUAGCUCGGGGCAUGGCGAGGGUGGGGGGGAAGAGCAGGGUUAUUUUGAGAGCUGGAAUUCAACCUGUGCCUGCUGGCCACUUCACCUGAAGGCUCCUCUGCUGGAGGGGCUAUGCCAGUCCUGCCUCCUCUACCUCCCACCUGAAAGGGCUCAGAGGCUGCAGCUCUGAAGCUGGUGCCCCUGAACAUCACACCCAGGCCCUCCCUCUCACAAGCUUUUUCCAGCAUUAAAGGGCCUUGUCCAUCCCUGACCACUGGAAGAAUAGCAAAGGAAGGGCCGGGACAGCCUAGGAACGAAGCCAGAGCUAAGAGAAGCUUUGCCCCAGCUUGUUUUGGUUACCUGGAGGCUCCUCUCCCAUGAGGGGAGCAGCAUGAGCUCUAGCCCAAGAGCUCACCUGCUACAUUCAUGGCCCAGGCUGCAGCUGACCAUCCCAGCAUCAUGCCUGGGGCUGGGGGCAAAGGGGAUCUUGUCCCCAGCAGGGGCUAGAUCAAUGCAUGGUCAGCUGCAGCUCAGGGCUGAGCUAUAGCACAAGGGUGCAGGUUCAGCCAGCAGGCAAUCCAGGGGCUAACAGGACUGCACCUACCCAGGGACCUUGGUCAAUGGCAGCAGGAUGCUGCCCUUCGCCCCGACUGCGAAUGUCUCUCUCUUUUUAUUCUGCUCUUUCGAGUCUAUUGCAAAAAAUCUUUGUACAGCUUCUUCCAUCAGUUACUGAAGUAAAACCUGCUCUUAA